UAAAAUCAUCCCACCCGAAACUGCCACAGAUCUCAUUGAAUAACCGCCGUCAGAUCACUAGAUCCUUCGCGAGAAAGCCCUCUACUCUCCAAUGGGCGCCGGCGGCAUCAACGGCAACGCAGCGCAGAAGCAGCGGAGGACGUUCACAAAGAUCACCCUAACUUCGCUUUCGGCCGCCGUUGCGGAGACGGCGACCUUCCCUAUCGACAUCAUCAAGACAAGGCUGCAGCUCCAACGUGGCGACUACCUCCGCCGCCCUCCGACCGCAGCAGGAUCGGCCUUACGUGUUGCCGUUGACAUAUGGAGAGCGGGAGGCGCUUUUGGGUUCUACGAUGGUCUGGCGCCCGCCGUUCUCCGACACCUUUUUUAUACGCCGAUCCGUAUUGUCAGCUACGAGAAUUUGAGAAACCUCGCCGGCGAUUCUGCCGCCGGGAGAGCUUUUGUUGGUGGGGUUGCUGGAGCCCUAGCCCAGGUUCUGGCAAGCCCUGCAGACCUCAUUAAGGUGAGGAUGCAAGCAGAUGGCCACCUUGUAAGACAAGGCCUCCCUAGUAGAUACACAGGAAUUUUCGAUGCCUUCAAUAAAAUCAUUCGAAGUGAAGGUGUCUUAGGACUGUGGAGGGGUGUGUUUCCUAAUACUCAAAGAGCUUUUCUGGUCAACAUGGGGGAACUCUCAUGCUAUGACCAAGCUAAACGCUUCAUCAUUAACCAUGAAAUUUGUGAAGAUAAUGUUUUGGCACAUACCAUGGCAUCAGUUGCAUCUGGUCUCUGUGCAACUACCUUAAGCUGUCCGGCUGAUGUGGUCAAGACCAGAAUGAUGAACCAAGCUUCACGCGCGAAGGGAAAAAUCAUGUACAGAACUUCUUACGACUGUUUGAUGAAGACGGUGAAGUUUGAAGGUGUAACGGCAUUGUGGAAGGGCUUCUUUCCAACGUGGGCAAGGCUUGGACCUUGGCAGUUUGUGUUUUGGGUUUCUUAUGAGAGAUUCCGCCAAGCCUCUGGCCUUUCUUCAUUUUGAUAGGGGGAUUAGUGCGGCUUAAACCUAUUCAUUUCCUACAUGGUUUACUUGCAACCAGAAACAUCUAAGAGAUCGAACUGAAAAGGAGAAGGAUUGGUUUGGCAUCAAGGCUGUCCAGAACCCCAGAUCCUUAUCUUCCAAGCAAACAUUCUAUUUAUUAAUCCACCCAGCGGCAAUUCUCCAUCAUCAAAUCUCUGAAUUCUAGAAAUUCUACAAAUGUCAAAGCUGAGGG